CAAGCCGAGAGACAUGAUAUGAUUGAGCUCUCCGCAUCCAGGAGCUCCAUCUGAGCUUAGAGAGAGCUCGACACGCGAGAGAGAGUCGCAGUUGGUUGCAAUAUGAGCGGCCCUGGAGAAGACCGAUGGCGCGGUGGCCGACCAUUCGAGAAUCGUCAGCCCACGCAGAGGAAUUCUGGCCUGGGCUCGCGCGACCGCACAGGAGGCUCUCAGGGAGGAGGCUCUCGAGGAGGUCAGUCCAAUUCUUGGGCUGGUCCCCGUGGACAGGCGGCUCCUAGUCCCACGCAAGAGCAACAUAUCCCCGUAAACGAGUUCAAUGCUGCCGAGUGCAAAACUGCGCUGGAACGAGUUCCUACCCAACCAGCUCCCAUAAAAUACAGACCCUCAGGUCUUCCAGCCAAGGAUGUAGCUACCAAUCGUGCUAGCGGGCCAUGGGGUGUUAAACCAAACUCAAUGGCCAGCGGGAAAGACUUCUUCCUGGAACUUCGAAAGCAAGUAGGCGCCUUGCAGAAUGGUAGCAGCAUAUCCGGCGGUUGAUGCGAGACCUAGGUCAGAGAUACUUGCAACAAUCUAUUCUCCCAUCUACAACUUACCAGCGGCAAUCACGGAUAACUCGACAUACGUAUUUAGUUGAUGUCUUCUACUAGCCCGUUGUUGACCUGUGUUCUUGCCUACAUUUCCUGCAAAAUACUUUUAUUUCGGUCUGUCUGAAACCAAUUGUACAUACUUGUUCACAAGAUGGGCUCCUUUCCCUAUCUGUGAUUCGUCUCGGU